AUGUUGAUCAUCCUCUCACUCCCACCCAAGACUUUCGUCGGCCUAGAUCUAGUGUCAUUCAAUUCCUCGCCCAACUUUCACGGUAUCGCCAAAAUUCCUUGGGGAUUUCAUUUUCUGUACACUGGAACCGAUGCCUCUCUGUCGAUCCGACAUGGGAGAUGGCUGAAUUUGAAUUCUACAAACCCAAUUCAAGUCUUGCGAUGGAACCGGGACGGAGAGUCCCUGCAGGUGGUGGACCAAAAUGAUCCAGGCGCACGGAAUGCGAUCGCUGCUGUCUCGGACGGCCGCGGAUUAGUCGACUACGCAGCAUUACAGAGCGCGACUUCGGAGCUAUCUGCAGGAGAAUCUAAGGGACGCGAUACAUCCGAGGCGGCAGCAGCAGCAGCGGCUGACGACGAGGACGGCCGCGCAGAAAGCACAGACUGGCCCGCUCUGACAACGUACGUCUCUUCUUCGCUUCUCACGCGCAUUCUCUCCCCAGACUGGAUCAUCUCGUCAAUAUCCUCUGCACCCAGUGACACCGAGACCAUCCCGGGCCUUUCGCACCUCGAAGCCUCGAAUGCCCUGGAUCAACUACCCCUCGAUCUGCUGCCGGUCAAUCUCAAACAGACGUGGGCGGGCGGGGACAUCGCCGCUCACGGGGCCGGCGGAGACAGAGCGCAGGGUGCGCGCGAGUUGCUCGGGGAGCUACAGUUCUGCUUCCUGAUGGUGCUCACGCUCGCGAACUACAGCUGUCUCGAGCAGUGGAAGCGGCUCCUUACCGUCUUCUUCACCUGCCGCACCGCGCUGGACGAAGCGGAAGGCUACUUUGUGCAGGUGGUCAGAGUGCUGCGUCUGCAGAUUAUGCAUGUGGACGAUGUCGAAGGCGGGCUGUUCGAGCUGAGGGACGAAUCUGGAAGCGCUUGGCUGAGGACGCUGUGGGCUCGGUUCAGGGCGGUGGUGGACGACGUGGACAAGGACCAAAGAGACUCGCUGAGAAGAGAAGUUGAUGGUUUGGAGAGACUGUUCGAAGAAAAGUAUGGAUGGCAGAGUGAAAGGGACACGUUGAGGAGAGGAAUGUUUGAGCUAGAGGAUGGCGAGCGAGUCGAGGUUACCAUGCACGGCGUUGACGAAGAUGAAGAGACUGGUGAGUACGCGCCGGUCAUCGUUGAGACUUGA